ACGUCAAAACUCCAGUCUUUCUCAAACUUUAAGCCUUUGCUUCGAAGUUGAAACUCCAAACACCAUCAGCAUCAAAAUCGAAUCAAAUCUACUCUUGAAGAAUUCUCAUACGUAAUGUCCAGUCAGUCCUCUCCGACGUCGUAUCCGGUCCUCUUCGUUUCUUUCAAUCAAGACAACCGUGGCUUUGCUAUAAGCACAAAGGAUGGCAUCAAGAUAUUUGAUUCGAGUACGGGCAGACUCUGCUAUGAACUAGCGGUUGGAGCUUUCAUAAUUGUUGAAAUGCUAUAUAGCUCUAGUCUUCUUGCCAUUGUUGGAGCUGGUGAACAGCCAUCUUUAUCACCACGUUGUCUCUGUUUAUUUAAUACUACAAAUGGAACUGCUCUUCGAGAUUUGAAAUUUUUAACUUCAAUCCUAGCUGUUCGCUUAAAUAGAGAAAGACUUGUGGUCGUCCUGCGAGAUAAAACAUUCAUAUAUGACGCAGAUACACUCGCAAUUUUGGACACUAUUGAUACAGUGCCUAAUUUGAAAGGACUUUGUGCAUUUUCCCCAAGUUUGGAUGCUUGUUUCUUGGCUCUACCUGCAAGUACAUCCAGAGGAUCAGUUUUGGUCUAUAAUGUCAUGAAGCUCCAGUCACAUUGUGAGAUUGAUGCUCAUCGCUCACCAUUGGCUGCAAUGGUCCUUUCUUCCAAUGGGAUGUACAUUGCAACGGCUUCUGAGCAGGGAACCAUAAUCAGAGUUUUUCUGGUAUCAGAAGCAACUAAGGCAUAUAGUUUCCGAAGGGGGACAUAUCCAUCAACCAUAUAUUCCUUGUCAUUUGGACCAUCAGUGCAGACUCAAGAUAUUCUUGUAGCAACAAGUUCAUCAGGUUCCGUCCAUGUUUUUUCUCUGGGGUUUGCCAUUAAUCAAAGGAGGAGAAGAUCAAAUAGUUUUCGAUCACUAUUACCAGAAUCUGUAAAUGAUGUUCUGGAUCCGGCUCAUCAUGCUGUACUUCAUCAUGCUUUUCCAGCAGGAGUCAAAAGCUGUGCUGUGGUUCGGAAGGUAGACAGGGUAAUGGACAGAUCAUCAGCUGAAUUUGUAUCAUAUAGGGCCUAUAUUUCAAUAAUAACCUACAACGGAUUAUUCCAGGAAUACAGUUUCAGCAUCAACAGGAGCACCAUCGAUGUGCAGUAUGAGUCAUUGUGGAGUUUGGAGCGUGAAUUCAAUGUUUUGGCCACGGCUGCGGACAGAUACCACUGAAACCUCAGUAUUUUUAUACUUUCUCAUCUCCGAAACGCAGAAUAAUGUACUAAACUUAUGUCAAUUAUGUAGAACAAGGUCCAGCUGACAUGAGACACAACAGUCAACUGCCACAGCAAAACAUACGCUGUAGUGUGGAAAACAGUGUUUUAGUGACCGGAAACUAAACUGACAAUGCAGAAUUGAAGAAGGUAGUUGUUUUAUUAAGUAUGUAAAUUAUCUAGCACAUAUUGUGUCUCAUAUUACCUGCAAAAUUUUCUUUUUGUUUCAUA